CCAGUGUUCGGUUGGCACACUUACUUAGCGUGAGCAGGCAAGACCGUGUGCACCAUCGCCACUCUCUAUCCUCUUAAAAAGAAUCUCAUCCUCUCCCCGCAAACCCUAAGCAACUCGCCACCGCCCCCCGCCCCCAAAUCCCAUCUCGUCCUCUAAGCAACCCGCCGCCUGCCGGCCGGCCAUCCCCCGCCCCCAAAAAACGCUCCGCCCGCCAGAUCGCCGCUGAUGGCUUCUGGAUCUACUUGUUCCGGCUCUGUUCCCCUUGGGAGGAGGGGGCUGGUGUCUUGCGCGCACAGCCUCGACUGCCGCGCCGACGACGCGCCUCCUCUCCCCCCCGACCUUGAAAAGGUCGUCUACGAGCUCAUCGUCGGCUUCUACGACCAGGCGUUCGACCGGCUGCCCUGCGAGAGGAUUCCGGGCCUCCUCGACCUCCUCGCCACCGGCGGGUGCGGCACCUGCCCCGGCCUCCUCGCCCCCGUCUCCACCAUCAUCCUCAACACCCCCGCCCUCCCCCCCGAAGGCGCCGCCGCCGCAGCUUCCACCGCUCCACCCGCCACAAAGAAGUCCAAAAGACUAGUGCGCAACGACUGGCACGAAAUUGCAAACAGGUCCUGCCAAAGUCUCCUGGCCUUCCUCAUGGUAUACUUCGGAUGCCUCGAAAAGGAACAGGCCGCCCGCUACCUCUACUGGGCCGACGCCAAUCUCAGCCUCGCCGUCAUGCUCAUCCAACACGAUCUCUAUGUGGAGGGUGAAGAAGCAGUACUGGACCCUGAAUCCGACAGGACGCAGGCUGCCCUCGAGUGGGCGGCCACCAUGGCAGGUCACCCUUCGCCCGGCGUUUUGACUCAGCUCAUGUCAUCCCGGCUCAAAGAGGACGACUUUCACCUUCUGGAGAAGCUACUCUUUUCAGCAGCAGAUGGCCCUCUCAAGGUUGAUGAUGUCGGAGCCAUAGACCGCAUAUUGCGCAUGAUGAUGAGCCCGCCCUGUGUUGCCACCAUAAGCAGAAAAGGGCCAAUUCUCCAUGUCCGUAAGAACCUCGACGCUGUGUGGUCGACCACCCCCUCCACUACAGAGGACACCGCCACCGCCCUCUGCUGGGACGGAAAACCCAUCUCGUCGCUGCAGUGCGGACUGUCUGACAAGCUGCAACGUUGCCUGGGAAGAGCGGAUGGCCUGGAACAAUAUUUGAAGAAGACCCCGUGCAGCGUUGACGCCUGCGAUUACCUGCAGACUCUCAAGAUGCGCCUCCACGGUAUGAUUCACAACUUCUGCAUCAAGGCGCUCAAGCUGCUGCCCACACCAUCGGGCUCGCCUAUGUGUGGCUUCCUCAUGGCCGGCCACUGCUACGGCUCCAUGGACCCUGUCUCUAACAUCAUCGUCAACUCCAUUUGGUACAACUUCCUUGGCGGUCCUCUCCCAGCGUCUGAAGGCAGCAAGAUUGAGCAAUACAAUGACAUACUUGACCCCCUAUCUCUGCUCCGCACACAGGUCCACUCCCUCAAGGGCCUUAUGGAGCUCGCCACAUUCGCCGGCCCCCAGUUCUCAACAGAGGCUUGUGCUCUAGAGUUGCUCUGCGGUACAAAAUGCGACAUUGUUGACAUGUUACAAUCAUCGCUAAAGAUGAUUAAAAAGAACCACUUCCAUGAAGCUGCCAAGGCCGCUGGACACCCUCUACCGCUUCAGCUGGGUGAACUGCACCGGCUGCUGGUGGUGUUCCCCGAGCAGCGAAGCGUGCUGCUCUCCUUUAUGACCGAGGCUCGAACUGACGGUACCGUGUUGCGCCUUGAUGACAUGACACUUCAUAUUAGGGGCAUGUGGAGCAGAUACUCGAAGGUUCGUGUCGGCUGCUAUGAGCAAGCUCCUGAUCUUUUUCCAGAGUCUCGGAGGUUGGUGUCUAGCAUGAGAUCACAGUAUGAGGAGGGGAGGAGCUGGUUCCGUUCAAAGAUUGAACAGGUGCUGAAGGAUUACACGACCCAGCAUUUUUGGGAACCACAGUAUAAACUUGAUAUUAUCUGUGGCGUGGAGGAAAUCAACCAAAGCUGCCCCCCCUCGGGUAAGAUGUGCUACCGCGUGAACUUCACUGCUACUUCUGAUUUGCAGCUUCAGAGGACGCUAUUCUUCGCCGAGUUUUUGUUCUCAGGUGGGCCAAGGCCAGAGACCUGCUGCCCUCUACCCUAUGAGUAUGCAGGCCGUUGCUACUCUGGCGUGCUUACCGCAAGGAAAAUCGUGUAUCCAGAUGACGCCAAAUACAUCCCGCACGAUAUCACCCAUGACGGUACCUGCCACGUGGAUGACAUGCUAGAGAUGGACUUCGUCCUCAGUUCCGAGAAAGACGUGGAGCUUGUGGAGAAACUCAACAAGAUGCACACUGAAGAGAUGUGGGGUUACAGUUGGAAGGGAUAAACCUUGCUGGUUAUCGCCAAGCAUUUGAAGAACAUGGUGCCAAUGGAGAGUAUCUGUUAUAUGAUACAGAGAGAUUGUACCACACAUAGUAAAAUGUUGAGCCACAUUACAUGUUCUUCCUUACUAUAUUUUACGACAUAUCAAAUUCACAACAUACACCAAUU